GACACACAAGAUGUCCACAGAUGCUCCAAGACAAGAAGGAGUGUGGCGACAAACUAGAGUUCUUUUAUACAAGAACUGCCUAAUUAAAUGGCGGACAAAAAGGACUAGUAUUCAGGAAAUCCUCAUCCCUCUUUCCUUACUAGGUUUGCUAAUCAUUAUAAGCAUGAUACAGCCAAACAAAAGACAUGGUAGGAUGCCUGAUGCCGUUCUUUAUUCUACAAAUCGCUCAAGCAUUUCUGAGUUUAUUGUUGGCUACACACCAGUAACUAAUGUGACUAGAAAGAUCAUGCACAAAGUGUUUGCAGAAUACUGCCCAGAAGGAAAAGAUGCACAAGAAUUUCUGAAUGAACAAGAAAUGAAAGAAGCUAGCCUUCUUAGCCCAGAAAAGUUUAUAGGUAUAAUUUUCAAGGAUUCUAUGUCCUACCAUCUCAGAGUUCCUCGACAAUUGAUUCCAGUAUCUUCAAGCCAUUUAGAAUUAAAAACUAGUUGUUCGAGACCUUCUGAAAUGUGUGAAGCUGAGGUAUACUGGUACUAUGGAUUUACAGCACUACAGAUCUGCAUUGAUGCAGCAAUUAUACAGGUUAAGACCAAUCAUUCCAUUUUGGAAGGCCUAGAGGAAACAGAAGCUGUCCUAAUGGGAAAAUCUGCUGCAGUAGAAAUUGAUUAUUUUCUUUGCGGAGUCAUUCUGAUUUACUUAGUGAUUGCUUUUUCGCCGUUUGGGUAUUACUUGACAAUCCAUAUCAUGACAGAAAAAGAGAAGAAAUUGAAAGAAUUUUUAACAGUCAUGGGACUUCAUGACACGGCAUUUUGGCUGUCUUGGGUCUUACUAUACUCCAGUCUGAUAUUUGUUAUGUCCCUUCUCAUGUCGAUCAUUGCAACAUUCUCUUCACUCUUUCCUCAAAGUAGCAGCUUUGUGAUAUUUCUUCUUUUUUUCCUAUAUGGAAUAUCUUCCAUUUCCUUUGCCUUUAUGCUAACAUCACUUUUUAAAAAAUCAACAAAUGCUGGCUCAGCUCAGUAUUUCACCACUGUGGCUUUUGGUGCUAUAGGUCUAACCAUUGUCCUUUUGGAAGACUUUCCAAAAUCCUUUGUGUGGUCAUUAAGUCCACUGUGCGAGUGCACAUUUUUAGUUGGCGUUGCACAGGUUAUACAUCUGGAAGAUUAUGAAAAUGGAGCUGUUUUCUCAAAUUUAACUCAUGGCCCUUACCCACUAAUUAUUGCUCUUACACUAUUGGCUCUUGAUAGCAUGCUUUAUCUACUCCUAGGGAUUUAUUUUGAUCAGGUGAUUCCAGGAGCAUAUGGAUUCCGACGAAGUUUUUUCUUCUUUUUAAAGCCUUCAUUUUGGAUAAAAAGAACAAGAAAUUAUGAGGAAUUGUAUGACAGCUGCAAUUAUGAAAACCUAGAUUUCAGUGAGGUCACUGAGCCUGUACCUUCUGAAUUUAGGGGAAAAGAAGCUAUCAGAAUCAGCCACAUUGAGAAAUCUUUUGUUAAAAAGGAUGAAAUUGUGGAGGCUUUGAAAAAUUUAUCCUUUGACAUAUAUGAGGGUCAGAUCACAGCAUUACUUGGACACAGUGGAACAGGCAAAACAACUUUGAUGAAUAUUCUUUGUGGAUUGUGUCCACCAUCUGACGGGUUUGCAUCAAUAUAUGGAUAUCAAGUUUCUGAAAUAGAUGAAAUGCUAGAUGUAAGAAAGAUAAUGGGAGUUUGCCAACAGAUAGAUAUAUUUUUUGAUGUAUUAACUGUGGAAGAGAAUUUAUCAAUAAUUGCCUCUGUUAAAGGUAUACCUCCCAAUGAUGUAAUACAAGAGGUUCAGAAAGUUUUAUUAGACUUGGAUAUGCAGCUCAUUAAAGAUAAUCAAGCAAAAACCCUGAGCGGAGGGCAGAAAAGAAAGCUGUCGGUUGGAUUUGCAGUUCUUGGAGAUCCAAAGGUAUUGCUGUUAGAUGAGCCAACAGCUGGCAUGGAUCCAUGCUCACGGCAAACUGUUUGGAACCUCUUGAAAAACAGAAAAGCCAGUCGUGUGACAGUGUUCAGUACCCAUUUCAUGGAUGAAGCCGACAUUAUUGCAGAUCGGAAAGCUGUGAUAUCUCGAGGAAUGUUGAAAUGUCUUGGCUCCUCUCUCUUCCUUAAGACAAAAUGGGGAAUUGGCUAUCGUUUGAGUAUGCAAAUAGACAGGUAUUGUAACACAGAAGGUACAGCAUUCUUGAUCAGGCAGCAUAUCCCUGGAGCCAGUCUGUUAAAGGAGAAUGAAGAGCAACUUGUGUAUGCCUUACCAUAUAAAGACACAGACAGAUUUUCAGCACUCUUUGCUGAUCUAGAUACUCAUUCCCAUUUGGGUGUUAUUUCUUAUGGCCUUUCUACUUCAACCUUGGAAGAUGUGUUUUUCAAACUGGAAGUUGAAGCAGAAAUGGGCCAACAGGAUUUGGGGGGUUUUAAUUUAGAGCAAGCUGAAGAGAAAAUGAAUGCAAACUCUGUGGAUGAACUAGAGCAAAGUCUGUUAAUGCUAUCUGUGACAAAAUCUUGUGCAAUAAGCAAUAAGUCUCUUUGGAGAAAGCAGGCCCUUGUUAUUGCAAAGGUUCAUUUCCGUAGUUUUAAUCGUGACAUUAAAUCAAUGUCAGAAGUGUUAGCACUGUUCCUAGUAUUUCUUUGUGUUGAGAUUUUUAUGUUUCACAUGUAUCAAGAAUACUUCAGAAAUGCUGUGGUUCCUAUCAAACUCUCUCCAGAUUUAUACUUUCUUAAACCAAAUGAAACUAAUCAUAAAUACAAAACCAGCCUUCUUAUUCAAAACUGCACUGGAGUAAACAUUGAUGACAUGAUAAUAAACCCACUUCAAAGCCAGAAUAUACUGACAGAAAUGUUCAAUGGCAGUGACUAUGUAUCAGUUUCUCCUCACAAUGCUGCAUUAAAUGUAGUUCAUGCAAGCAAGACCUAUAUCUUUAAAGCUGCUUUUAACCGAACCAUGCUACAUUCUUUACCUCUUAUGAUGAAUAUCAUAAGUAACUUGUACCUACGCAAUUUAAAUGUAACUGAUAACAUCCAUAUCUGGAUUAGCUCUUUCGUUCAAGAAAUUACUGAUAGAGGUUUCAUAAUGGUGAUGAUUGUUCAGUGUUUGACAGUUGGUGUCACCAUGACUGGAUUGCCAUCAUAUUUUGCUAUGGAGAAUGCAGAAAAUCAUAGGAUCAAAGCUUAUACUCAGCUUAAGAUGUCAGGCCUUUAUCCUUCUGCUUAUUGGUGUGGACAAGCAUUAGUUGACAUUCCUCUCUAUUACACUAUUCUUGUUGUCAUGACCGGGAUCUUAUUUGGAGUUCAUCAUGAAAUUAUUUUUUUCCCUAUGAAGAUCUUUGCUGUAGCUUUUUGCAUUAUAGGCUAUGUACCCUCAGUAAUUCUGUUCCAUUAUGUUGUCUCUUUCACUUUUAAAACUAUACAAAACACCAAAGAAUUUUGGUCAUUCAUUUUUCCAACUGCAGCUUUGAUCUGUAUUAUUAUUACUGAUGUAGCAUUUACACAAUGGUCUACCAUAGCCAUUAUAAUUCAAAUGUCCUUUUGUGUCUUCAUUCCAAUCUACCCUCUUAUUGGGUGCUUGAUUACUUUGUUAGAGGAGACAGAGAAGAUUGGUCAAAAAGUGGAAAGAAGUGCAGAAAGAUUGUUGGUUUCAGUAGUAGCGCCCUAUUUACAGUGUAUAAUUUGGCUCUUUCUUCUGCGAUACCUUGAGGUGAAGCAUGGAGGCAAAUCAAUGAGAGUGGACCCUUUUUUCAGAUCUCCGACGCAGCUCAAAGCCUGUAAAUUCCUAGAUGUAUCACACGAAGAAGAUGGAGAUGAAGAUGUUAUGGCCGAAAAGCUGAAAGUUAAAGAGAUGAUAACUUGCCAGGACUGUGAAGAGAAACCAGCCGUAUUGGUCAGCAGCUUACAUAAAGAAUAUGAUGGAAAGACUGAUUUCCUUCUUGGAAGAAAAAUGAAAAAAGUGGCAACUCACUAUCUUUCACUUUGUGUUAAGAAAGGAGAAGUUCUGGGAGUAUUGGGUCCUAAUGGAGCUGGGAAGAGCACAUUGAUUAGUAUUCUAGCAGGAGAAGUUGAACCAACUUCAGGCCAAGUGCUGAUGGGGGAUUAUUGUUUAGGUGAAAAUAACAUGGAUAAUUCCAUGAAAUACAUGGGAUACUGUCCACAGGGAAACCCACUUUGGCCUAAUAUUACACUACAAGAACAUUUUGAAAUUUAUGGUGCUGUCAAAGGAAUGAAUGCUAGCGACAUGACAGAAAUCAUAAAAUGCUUUUCCAAUGCACUUGACCUUAAGGAACAUCUACAAAAAAGAGUGAAGAAACUAGGUGCAGGAAUCAAACGAAAGUUAUGCUUUGCCUUAAGUAUGCUUGGUAAUCCUCAUAUUACUCUAUUAGAUGAGCCAUCUACUGGUAUGGACCCUAUAGCAAUACAGCACAUGUGGAAAGCAAUCCGAGCGGCCUUUAAAAGUAAAGAGAGAGCGGCUAUUCUGGCAACACACUAUAUGGCAGAAGCAGAGGCAGUAUGUGAUCGUGUGGCCAUCUUGGUUUCUGGAAAGUUAAGGUGCAUUGGAACAGUUCAACAUCUCAAGACUAAAUUUGGCAGGGGAUACUUUUUAGAAAUGAAAUUAAAAGAAAUGCCAGAAUCACAGCAGAAGGAACACCUUCAAAGGAAGAUUUUGAGCAUUUUUCCAAAUGCAAAUUGUCUGAAAAGUGUUGCUUCAAUUUUGGCAUAUAAAAUUCCAAGAGAAGAUGUCCAGUCACUUGCAUUGGUUUUUUCUAAACUGGAGGAAGCAAAACAUGCCCUUAAUGUUGAAGAAUACAGCUUCUCUCAAGCCACACUUGAUCAGGUAUUUGUGGAACUUGUGAAAGAACAAGAGGAAGAAGACAGCAAUUUUGGUACAUUAAAUGGAACAAUUAGUUGGGAAAGAUCCCAGGAAGAUCGAGUAAUUUUCUGAUUUGUUAUGGACUGAAGAAUUUGGCUAUUUCAUUUUUCAGGGGCUUUUCUGCCCUGAAAGUAAAUGCUUUUUUUUUUUCCAAAUAUGCACUGAAUACUAUGAAUUUAGAACAUAUUGCUACACAGCUGAAAGGAUUCACCUUCUUUGCCUUACUAAUGCUAUACAUAGGGUGAAAUGCCUAUAUUUUUGUAGUAUUCUUAUUAGGAUGCAAACCUGUGAUCAAGGGGCUAUAGGAUUGGCUGGAUCUUCUUUCUAAGUCUGCAGCAAGCAUGGCAUUUUGCAUAUUGAAUAAUAUAAAAAAUGAAUGAAAUUCUGCAUUAACCUAGUAUUUAUUUUUAUGAAAAAGAUUCUAAUCAUUU